ACACUUGUAUGUACUCUCAUGGAAAAGGAAAAAGUAUACAAGCGGGAUUAUUGAGAUCACAGAAUGUUUACAAUUCCCUCUCAUGAAUCGUGAUAAUGGUACAAGAUAAAGGUGGCAGGGUAGUGGACCAGGAAGUGUUCACCAUAUGAGGACAAGAAACGCAUCAGUAGAGAUGGUAAGCCUAUGCAAAACUAAGGUGCAGUUGGAAUCGUGCAAACGUGUAUCAAUGCUUUCAAAACAGGAGCAGCCCUACGGUGGUAAUGCAACAAAUUUACAACCUAUUAAUGUCAAGGUUGACAACACCAUCUCACAUAGGAGUCCUUUUAUCACGCCAUGGCUCAGGAGGGAUAAUGAUUUGGAAGCAAGGAAGCUUCGUUUUAUUGUGGCAUUAACGUGUCAUAAUUAUGCAUCAGUGUUUGUUCCUGGUUGGGCAGCCAUGGCGUCUCAGCGGAGUGUUGGAACAUCCCGUUGCCAUCUCGUGCCACAAGAUGGCGCCAAGGCCUUUGUCCCCAACACUAUUCUUGACAAUUUCACCAUGAUACCACUUAAAAAAUAUAUACUUAAACACUCAGAUUAUACUGAUGAAAUAUAUUUGUAUUUAUUGGAUACUUACUAACGUACACAGAGAAGUGUUUAUAUUUUAGUAUCUUUUUAUAAGACAAUAGUGGCAACUUUGCAGUAAACAGAGAGGCUUCCGACUACUCCCAUCGACGGGCAAAGUUACAUCCAUAAUCUCCCUUCCUGCUGCGUUCUUCCCGUGUUAGAUAUGUUUGUGGCAAGGUGACAUCUGUGCAGCAGCUCCUCCACGAUUUGUACUUCCGGAGGUGACAUAGGCAGUAAGGAUGGAGCCAACACAAAAUUCCUCAAGCUUGAUGUGGUGCAACUACAACACGGUUGAAGGCCUUAUCACCACAAGUGCUCCUGUUCAAGUAGAACUAGGGAGUGUUGACAUUGCAAGACAAAUCAACCAACAAGUCCAAUUACAAUAUGGUAGCCUCCAGGCUGUGCCGGCACAGCCACAGCAGAUUAUAGUAGCACAUCAACCUCAGCCACCACCUGCUCCACCCACACCUGAUCCACCUGUCCCUCAAAAACUAGCAAAGCCGCGAGCAAGAACAACGAAUGGUGAACGUGUGCCGUGUGAUCAGUGCGGUAAAACCUUUUCUUGUAAUGCAAACCUAAGAGACCACAUGAGGCUGCAUACAGGUGAGAGGCCCUUUGUCUGUACUGAAUGUGGAAUGUCCUUUGCUCAGCGGUCAAACUGGAGAUUACACAAACGUGUCCAUACUGGAGAAAGGCCUUAUAUGUGUGGUAUCUGUGGCAAAACAUUUUCCCGUAGUUCUCACUUACCGGGCCAUAUGAGGGUACACACCGGCGAGAGACCAUAUUCCUGUGAACAGUGUGAUAAUUCGUUUGCCUCUGCUCAAGCUCUUAAGAACCAUGCACGCACCCACACUGGAGAGAAACCUUUUGUAUGUGAGUACUGCCAGACUGCCUUUACACACAGCUCAUCUCUUUCUUCACAUAAGAAAAGAUGCACUGGAGAAAAGAGAAAGAGAGGAAGACCUCUUGGUAGUGGCCGCAAAUCAUACAGGAAAAAGCCAACAGGUCGGCCUCGGGGAAGACCCAAAAAAAAGGGUCGGUAUGCCAAGCGGGGCAGGAGAAAGAAUCCCCCAGCUGAAGAUGACCUUGUGGAACCUAAAGAGGAAGACAUGACGGUAGUCAAGGCUGAGGUUCAUGCUGAAAGUGGCGAAGAAACACAAAGCAUCCCAGUGGAGACCAAGGAGGAAAUGGAGGAGGUACCCACUGUCGUUGUGGAUGUAGAUUCUAUGGAGGUUGAGCAUCCAGAUAUACACGGGGACCCUUUACAUAUACAAAGCCACUUACACCAACAUGAGGUCAUAGUUCCAGAAGGUAUACCACAGGAAAAUCACAUAAUUCAUCAUGAAAUGGUGCCAUCAGAAGAGGUUGUAUCUGUAGCCACUGCCACUGCAAGCUUGGAUGAGACCUCUAACCUACACCAAGAAGCAGCAGUGGCAAUGGCUGCAUUGCAUGAGGGAGCAUGCAGCCUUACCCAACACCAGUUGCCUCAAGAAACGUAUGUAGAGAGAGAUGGAUCCCAUACAUUGUGGUUUCCCAAGCAGCAAUAUUAGUGGUGUGAUUUUCAAAUGUCUAUUGUUGGGAAUCUGCUUGUGUUAAUAAGGCAAGCAACUGUCAGUUGAUAGUUCAGUCAUCCUACUUAAGAUGUAGCACUAAUGGUGCACUGAGAACAUGAUGAAAAUUUUUAGAUGUUCAAUUCAAGUGGCGGUAAAAUGACAAUGAAUAAAUUGACUAUUCAAUACAAGAAUUAUUCUAAUUUUCUUGAGAGGAGAAAUGGUUUUAUGUCUUAAUAUUAUUUUUCUACAAGACUGCUAACUGCUUGUGUAUAUCCCAGAGAGCUUCACAAUGUAUUGGGUAGUGGUCCUGGCAUUCUCAUUGUGGGUUGAUUUUUACUGUCAUUGAAAUCAACUUGUUGACAAAUUUCAUUAUCAUUGAUAUAAAAUAUUGCAUUGUGAAACUAGCUGAGGACAGUUAUUUUAGUAUUUAAGAUUUCUAUGAAGAAUAAAUAUUUUAUACCAAACAUUACAUGUUAUGUUUAGAUCUAAAUUAAGAGCUCUUGGACAGGUAAGAAAAUAAUGUCCCAUGUAUGCUUAUGUAUAUUACAAUGUUCUUUGAACAUGUUAUCAAUGUACAAUGCCAACUGUUAAGAAUUUAAUAUUUCCAGUAUAAAUAAAAUAUUGUUCAAAAAUUCAAAUAUGUAAUUUCUCAUUUGACCAAAUAAAAUGUAAAAUUUAAA